AUGGCAUACAAUCAACCACAAAAUCCUUCGCAGGGGUGGGGUAACCCUGGUGCACCACCAGCCAUCAAUACCAGCGGUGGAUACCCCCCCGGGAACCAGCAGCAACCCUAUCAGGCUCCCCAGUUUUCACCUCCACCACCGUCGCCGGAUAAGCACGGCGGAAGUAUGCUGAAAACUCUCAAUUUUUUCUCCUCAAAGCCGUCCUUCACGCCUGUUUCGAAUGUGGGUGCCACCACGCUGACCAGCCCGGUUGUGGGAACUCCGGGGGGCUAUUUUCCCCAACAAGGGUUUGGCACGACCGGCUCUGGGCCCGCACCUCCGCAGACAACCUACAACAGCAACCCGAUACCAAGCUACUCUCCCUUGGUCGGUGGACCCACUGGAUACCAACCGGCAAAUCCCCCAACCCAGCAAUAUCCUGCCGUGCCACUACCAGGAAAAUAUGAUACGAAUCAGCCGCAAGGUAUACCAGGGCAGCAGCAGCAACAACAGCCGUUGCAGCAUCCCCAGCCCCAGACCCAGCAGCAGCAGCAACCGUUCCAACAUCAGCAGCACCAGCAAAACUAUCAUCAAAAACCCCCGCCGAUGCAUUCCCACCCGCAACAAUAUCAGGGCUCCCAAGGAUUCAACACCUUCCCUACUGGUGAUUCCCCUGCUCCUCCGCCAGCAUAUUCACCGCCACAAGGUGGUUAUGGAGCAGGCCCUGAUAAACCCACAAUUCAAUCACACCUUGCCAGUGCGCAGGCCAAUCCAGCAUCUCAUCCCCCGAGCCACCAACAUACCAACACUCUUUCAACUUCAAAUCAGCAUCCAGCGCCACAAAGCUCACCAAAUAUUGGGCACAAUAUCCAGAGUGGGCAUGUUCACCCUCCAUCAGGCUCAAAUCAACAUUCAACGACACAAAGCUCACCUAAUCCCGGGCACAAUGUUCAGAGUGGUCAUACCCACCUUCAAACUUCAAAUCAACCUUCAACGACGCAAGGCUUACCAAAUCCCGGGAACAAUGCUCAGAGCGGCCAAUCCCCAAGCCAGGCACCUCAGGGAAAUUCCUCUGCCCCAACCUCGGGAUCACCAGCCGUCAUGAAUAAUACAGAACCGGAUGCCCAGUAUUGGCAUGCGCUUGUUGAAGAUUCCAAGUUACCCAUGGGCCCAAACCCUACCAUGCGAUCCUUGUUGCGGGGUAUUGCAGCAUGCAUAGUGAGUACGCUCCUUCGCUUUCCGGGAGUGCGCUAACAAUGGUAGAACAAAGAAUGUAUUGUCGAUCACUCGCCACCCUGUAUUCUUUCCCCAACCAAGUUGUCAAUGUACUAUGGAACCCUAUUAACUUAUAGUGAUCGUCAAACAAGUAUGUCUUGGUCCUGGCUCCCACUCGGGCGAAGCUGACAUGCAUAGAACUGUUCUCGAAAGCGCAGACCCAUCCCAGCAUCCUCACUGACCUCUACAACAAACUCAAUUGCCAACAUCUUCUGAUCCCACACCCCAUCGGUGACGGAAAACGCCGACCCCCGCUACCAGCAUUAACAAUCGAUGGGUUCGAGCAUUGGAUGUUCAUACAAGUUCUGCUAAACCCGGAUGAAGAAUACCAGCGUCUAAUCUCUUUCCUCCAAACUCCAAAUCGCGUCGUAAUCGAUUCGGCGACACAGCGACCCAUACCAACGACCUCAAUUCCUCGCUCGGCAUUCCCAGCAACCCCGAACGACUGGGUCGUCAAGCGUUACGGAGGCCUUCUCGAGAAUGCCCUCAACUCCACCGCCGGGCGAGCCGAAGAGAUAGAAGAAAUCCCGGACAUCGAGGGCACCCGGAAAGAACUCGCCUACUUUAAGCAAAGAUCCACCGAGACGCAGUCAGAAAGCCACAAAACACAAGCGGAGCUAGUGAGCACGCGGAAAGAACUCGACUGGACAAAGACGAAGCUGACGGGUGUGCAAUCCGAGGAGGAAUCCACGCGAAAACGAGUGGCGGAAAGGGACGGGAAGAUUGAGUGGCUGAAGAAGAGGCUCGCAGAGAUGCAAGCAGAACUGGACAGCUCCAAGAACGAAGUGGAGGGAUUGAGGAGGUUGAAUUCCGCCAGGAGCGGGAGCGUCUCCUCGGUUAGUUCCGUCGGGACACCCUACCCGACGGGUGGGGGGGUGCAGGGCACCAGGCCUCCGUACCCUGUCAGCGCGACGCCGACCACACCGGUUGGCACCGGGGCUCAGGCGCCGCCGCAGGGGAACGCAUAUCAUCGGCAGCAGUAUCGGCCGUCGACGUGA